UUUUUAUCUUCUCUCGUUGGCCCUUGCUCCCCACCUCGCGGCGUCGCAACGGCGGAAAGAGGGCGAAGAGAAGAAGAAAUUUGUGUUCGGAAGGAAGAAGAAAUUAGGGUUCGGAAGAGAGAGAGGGAUGUGGUAUCUGUGCGUCUUCUACCACCGGCUCUUGGACUACCGGAGGCCGGAGGUGGAAUCCCUAGCGGAGCUCUUCGGAGCCUUCGAGGCAGCCGGAGAAGGAAUAGGAGGCCCUCCGCCGCGGUCUCUGGAGUGGAGGCUCCCUGAAAAUCACCACAUAGAUUCCCCCUUCCAUUUCGUCUCACUUCCUUCCGAGGAGAUAGCAAGAAACAUCGCCAAGCGAAGUAUACUUGUCAAGGGAAUGUAUGAACUUUGGGGACAGGGGAGUAGCUAUGAAGAAUUGGAAAAGGCUAUAAGAGAUUUUCCGGAUGAAAAGAAAUUGCCAUACUUGACAUCAGAAAGCACAUUCCGAAUCAUCGUGGACAGCUUUGGCAAGGUGAUUAGCUUUCAGGAACAAAAUGAACGCAUCCAAGGACUCAGUUACAUACCAUUCAAGGGACGGGUUGAUUUGCGAAGCCCAGAUCACAAGUUCUAUCUCAUGGAAACUGACAAUUAUGGAUCAAAUAAUGGCCUUCCACCAAUUGUCCAGAGGGCAAUUUUCUUUGGUCGAGAGGUUGGAGCUGCAGAUAGAAAGCUUUUGCCUACUUAUCAGUUGAAAAGUCGUAAAUACCUAGGUCCUACAGCCAUGGAUGCUGAAAUAGCCUUUCUCAUGGCUAAUCAAGGGUUAGCACAACCAGGAAAACUUGUCUAUGAUCCCUUUGUAGGAACUGGGAGCAUUCUGGUUGCUGCUGCACAUUUUGGAGCAAUGACAAUGGGUGCAGAUAUUGACAUAAGGGUAGUACGUGAUGGGCGUGGCCCAGAUUGUAAUGUUUGGAGCAAUUUUAAACAGUAUAACUUGCCAAUGCCAAUAUCUUUGUUGAGGGCAGACAAUAAUCUGCCCCCUUGGCGUCCUGGACUGAGAGAGGUAUUUGAUGCUAUAAUCUGUGACCCACCAUAUGGCGUUCGUGCUGGUGGUCGGAAGUCCGGUGGCCGUAAAUUAUUGAAAGGCAUUGUUGGUCCUUACACAGUUCCAGAGGAGAAAAGGAUUGACCACAUACCAUCAACCGCACCUUACAGCUUAGCUGAGUGCAUGCAUGAUCUUCUUGACCUUUCUGCCAAGAUGCUAGUGAUGGGUGGGAGGCUCGUAUUCUUUUACCCUGUCGUAAGGGAGGAUGGCUUUACUAAUGCUGAGCUCCCUGAACAUCCAUGUUUCACUCUGGUUGCUUCCAGUGAGCAGAUCCUGAGUCUGCGCUAUAGUCGGUAUUUGUUGACCAUGGUAAAGACAGGCCCAUAUACUGAAGAGAUCGCAGAAUCAGCUAGAAAGAAGCACCUAGAGUUCAAAGAGAACCAUCUCAAAUGGUUAGAAGAUGGUAAUCUUCACUCUGCUGUGUUCAGCCCGGCUGACCCUCAGAUAUCUUUGUCUGGAAAAUCCAAGUUUGACAGAGAUUCAAAACCAAAAUACAGAGGCAAGUAUGUGUAAGAUUAUGUUUUUUUAAUGUUUUAAAUCUAGGCCUAAGUUUUUUUUUUUUUGAGAGAGAGAUUAUAGUUCUUUAUAACUUUAGUGCGAAGAACUUCCAAGUUGGUGUAUUCAACAUGAGCCUUGUAAUGUGUGUACAUUUUUGUACCAUGAUUAGUUCGCAGAGUUGCUAAUAUCUAAUAUUAGACAUGCAGACAUUAUGAUUCA